AACCCUUAUUCGAUCCGCCGUAAAUGUUUGUUUAUGUUUCUGGUCGUAAGAUUUAACGCAAAACCAGCAUCUCUCACUAAACACAACCUGCGGACCAACGAUGGCCGAUCAACGGCGACGUGUUCUGGAUCUUUACAAGAGGCUCCAGUAUAUGGGCCGCGAGUAUCCGGGAGGGCCGGACAAAUUUCGGCAACGUUGCUACAACGCCUUCAAGCGACAGAGCACCGAAACGGACCCGAACAAGAUCCAGAAGGCCAUCGAUCUGGGCGAGUACGUUGUGAAAGAGAUUGAAGCACUUUACAGCUUGCGGAAGUACCGGGCCAUGAAACGACGGUAUUACGAUGAGAAAUGAUGAAAAGCUGUUCCGUGCCGAGGUUUGGGAUGGGUGAAUAUUGUCCAUUCCCUGGAAGAAAGGCGGUGGAUAUGCGUGCAGGUACCUUUAUAUCUAUUAUGCAAUUUAAAGCACUAAAAGUGCCUUCAUAAAAUACAGUUGCUUUAACCAACUGAG